AUGUCCGGUAGAAGUGAUAGUAAACUUUUAGGCUUAAGAGCAUCUGAUACGGUUGGUGAUUGGAUUGUGAUAAAAAAAUUGGGUAGAGGUGGUUGUGGAGCUGUAUUUGAAGUAUGCACAAAACAUGCAGAUAAAACGAAACAUCUAGCAAUGAAGGUGGAAUCACGUGAUUUAGAUCAUAAUGAUCAAUUACUUCGAAUAGAAGCAUGUAUUUUAAGACGUAUGCAAUACUCCAAACACGUUCCUGCUUUUGUCGCAGCAGGUCGUACAGCAAUGUUUAAUUUUUUGCUUAUGGAAUUACUCGGGAAAUCACUCAGUGAAUUACACAAAAUAGCACCACAUCGACAAUUCACAAUAGCUACCGUUUUAAAAAUAGCUCUUCAAGCUCUUACUGCUCUUCGUGAUCUUCACAGCAUCUAUUUCAUCCAUCGCGAUGUAAAACCAGGAAAUUUUGCAAGUGGUUUAAAAAAUGUUAAUAUAUUAUACAUUUUGGAUUUUGGUCUAUCACGACAAUUUGCUACAUAUGAUACGAAAACUAAAGCACUUAAAUUACGUAAACCACGUACACGUGCAUCAUUUCGUGGUACUGUCGCAUAUUGUAGCGUUAAUGUACAUAAACAUUUGGAACAAGGACGUCACGAUGAUUUAUGGUCAAUGAUGUAUAUGUUAAUUGAAUUCAUUGCUGGUCGUUUACCAUGGAAAGGCUUAGAUCGAAAAGAAACUGCUGUUAUCAAACAAACGGUCAGUAAUAGAAGAUUGCUCCAGGGUUGUCCAAAGCAAUUCGGUGCUAUCUUGGAAUAUAUCUCUUUGCUUCGUUAUCAUCAUCGACCUGAUUAUGAUCAAAUUGAAAAUUUAUUUGUUGCUGCCAUUAAACGACGUAACAUCGAUCGAAAAGCUCCUUUCGAAUGGGGAGAAUCAAAAGCUCACGAAUAUAUUUCUCAUAAAAAAGCACCAACUAAACAUGCAGCAUUAGUAACAACUACUACAACAAAACAAUUAGCAAAUGUAGAAGAAAAACUAGCAUUAACAGCUAAAGAGCUAGAUGCAACAUUAAUGGAAUCUCAAAUAGAUACAACACAAUGUACACAAUAA